UAUAGAGUACUGUGAUUAUAACACAAUCAAGCUAAGUGGUUUCAAGCAACUUGGGAAAUAUCUGAUCUGGUGAAGUGUUUUGGAAACCAUGGAUGACGAUCAAUUUCGUCCAUUUAACUGUUCGACUCUCAAUAAAACUGCGAGAAGAGCAAUUGAGAGCCACGCUAAAAUUUUGCAAAAAGCACUUGAAAAUUAUCAAAGAGGACGAAGUACUACGAAAUCAAUUUCAGCAGAAGAUUCGUAUAAUAGGUGGUAAAUCUGCUGAAAAUCAUUUGGUCAGCUGUCUCGUUACCACUCUCACCAACCAGCUUGCCAAGCUAUUAACUUGGGAUCAACGUAAAACAGAAGGAAUUAAAGACACGACUUUUGUACAUGUCAUCAUGGGAACUAUUUCAAACAUGUAUGUUUCGGCUACUUUGUGCAGCUUAAAAAAUAAAUUUGCCGAAUGGUUGCGAAGAGCUGGGGAUAGACAUCGUUAUCACGAAAAGUUGGGACGUAAUACAUAAAAGUAUAUAAAAUUAAAAAAUAAUUAAAAACUUGAUGUAUUAAAAACUUAAUGUA